GGCCGGCUAUAAAGGCCGGAGGGGCAGAGAGGCGAGGGUGCAGCUGACUCCUGAGGCAGAACUCCGCACAGCCGGCUCUCCCCCUUCGGUUGGGUAUUUCUCACACCGCCUGCAGCCAUGGAGGCCAUCAAGAAGAAAAUGCAGAUGCUCAAGCUGGAUAAGGAGAACGCCCUGGACCGGGCAGAACAGGCCGAGACGGAGCAAAAGCAUGCCGAGGAGAGGAGCAAGCAGCUGGAAGAUGAAUUGGCUGCCAUGCAGAAGAAGCUGAAGGGGACGGAGGAUGAACUGGAUAAAUAUUCAGAGGCUCUCAAAGACGCACAGGAGAAGCUCGAGCUGGCAGAGAAGAAGGCGGCCGACGCUGAGGCAGAAGUAGCAUCCUUGAACCGCCGCAUCCAGCUAGUAGAGGAGGAGCUGGACCGGGCCCAAGAGCGUCUUUCUACAGCCUUGCAGAAGUUGGAAGAAGCGGAGAAAGCUGCAGAUGAAAGUGAAAGGGGCAUGAAGGUAAUUGAGAACAGAGCCCUGAAAGAUGAAGAGAAGAUGGAACUGCAGGAGAUCCAGCUGAAGGAGGCCAAGCACAUCGCUGAGGAGGCCGACAGGAAGUAUGAGGAGGUUGCCCGGAAACUGGUGAUCAUCGAAGGCGAUCUGGAGCGCACAGAGGAGAGGGCCGAGCUGGCAGAGUCCCGUUGCCGGGACCUGGAUGAGCAGAUGCGGCUCAUGGACCAAAACUUGAAGUUCCUUGCUCAGACUGAAGAAAAGUACUCUCAAAAAGAGGAUAAAUAUGAAGAGGAGAUCAAGAUCUUGACCGACAAACUCAAGGAGGCCGAGACCCGUGCUGAGUUUGCCGAGAGAUCGGUUGCCAAGCUGGAGAAGACCAUUGAUGACUUGGAAGAUAAACUGAAAUGCACCAAAGAGGAGCAUCUCUGCACGCAACGGAUGUUGGACCAGACUCUGCUUGACCUGAACGACAUGUAGAACAGCCUGCCUGCCAGCCAGCCUCACCUGGCUUUCUCCCACCUCACCCCCAAUCCACUGCCUUUCUAGCCAUUUGAGCGGCAACUUUCUGCUGGGGCCAGCUCUGUCUUUUAAAAAAGAAAAGGAAAAAAAGUUGACCUCUCACCCUUGAAGGGGGAAGGUCAAAGGUUAUCCUUCCAACUUUUGUUGCCAACUUAACCAAAAGCCUCUGCCAAACCACCUCCCUCUCCCCCUUCCCCAGGCAAGGAUUACAGGCCAUCAGACUGGGCCGAAUCACCAGCAGCAGCGUCAGAGAGGGAAAACAUGCCGGCAACGCAUUACUGUGGGGGGGAGGGUGUGUGCAAUUGUACACUUCUUUGUAAUCGUGGGGGUGGUUUUGUGGGGUUCUCUCUUUUUUUGGUAAAUGGCCGUUGCAUACAUCACAUGUAACUCCUGAGGCUCGCAGAGUAGGCAUUUUAAGGUUUGUGGUUUAACCCUGUUCUCCUUCUGUCCCUCUUUUUGGCUUGACGGGUUUUUUCUGGGGACGGCUUCCGUGGUCUGUGGAACGGUAGGAAAGGUCCUGCAUAGGCCAGCUGAUCAAAAAGCACCACGGAAUCUGUUGCGGUUGGGGAGGAAUUUGGCCUCUGCACAGAGUCCCUCGUCAAUUUUUUUUUUCUUUGGUGGUGGUGGGAGGAGAAUCUAGGACUUCCUCGCUUCCAGCAGAGGCAUCGGACUUUUUUUUUUUUGUCUUUGCCAAAAACGUGCAGUCUUAACAAACAUAUUCCCUCCUGUGCUUUAUAGCUAUUUCUAGUUUUGGGGAAACUAUUAAAAAUAUCAGGUUUUUUUAAAAAAAUGAUCCGUUUUACUCUGAACACACCUAACUAUUCCCUUUGGGCACCUUGGCCUUCCCUGUCUCAUGUUCACACACCUGGUUACUAAGACCUGGCAACCUCCCCACUUUCCCAUCCCUUCCGUAACCAUGAAAUCUCAUUCCCCUGCUAGGCUUAGCUUGCUCUGUGCUUUUGGGUAAAAGCUUUUGGUAGCUUCUGUGUAUGUGAGUGUGAGGAUAGGGGCUUUUAUCAUAGCGCUCUUCUGGACGCGAAGGGUUGAUUCCCUCCCCCUUCUUGAGCCAGGAUCUUACUGUACUGUCUUGAAAAACAAAACUGGAUACCAGCCACCAUGAUGCUCUUUCCUGUUUGGAGACUUGAUGUAUCGGGGUGCGUGGCGUUAUUCUUUUGCUUUUGUGUUUAAAAAAAAAAAACCUCUUGGGCCUUGAAGGAAGAAGGAAGCGUUCUCGUUGCAGUGGCUAUUUUUUAGGGGCCAGUAUGGAGAAAUGAGGAACCAUAUCAAGUGUUUUGAUACUAAAAAACCUUUUGUCUUUUAUUGUCUUUUUUUUUUUUUGAAAUAAUAAACAGAAGCAUUCCCUCCA